AACACAAUAUACAUGUAAUAUAAAAUUAUCAAAUAGUAAAAUAUAUACACAUCAAAUAAUAUCAGUAAAGACAGUAUACAUUUAAUUUAAUUAUAAUUUAUAGUAGUUCUAUAUAAACACCAACGUUUAAAAUCGAAGAGUCAAAAAUCCUUUUCGACGCUCUGAAGCGGAAUAUAUUUACUAUUCUCGUUCGAAUAUUUAUCAUAUCUUCCCGUUCGCAGACGACCUCAUACAUCGACGAGGCCGCCAGUCGGUAACGAGUAAACACAGUUCAAGUCAGCGUCAUGAUGAAUUCGAGUGGUGCCAUCGAAAGCGAUGUGAGUGCGACGCCUAUGGAAACGGAUGAUGAAAUCGAACAAUUUGUGGCUCAAACUACUGACAUUGAAAUGGCACCAACGUCAAUCUCGUCCCACGUCAAUCUGCCCGUUUCGUCAGUCGCUCCAAUUUUAAGCUCGUCGUCACCAUCGGCAGCAGCUCUCAAUAACAAACCGUCCACUACAUCUGUAACUCUCGGCAACCUACUUGUACCGCAAGUUGCGCCACUCAUCACUUCAACUAUAUCAACCAUUGCUCCACUCAUCAAUCCGCCCAUGUCUCAGAUUGUACAUGCAAAUCACACGACAGUGUCCACAGUCACGUCUCUUAAUAGUACUCCAGUAUCAACAUUAUCUGUGCUCAAUAACCCUUCAGUAGUGACCACCACCCAGCAAAAUAUUGUAAUGCAACAACUCCAAUUCCAACAGUUACAACAACUCCAACAACAACAACAACAACUCCAACAGCAACAGCUCCAACAGCAACUACCACUACAACAAAAGCAACAACUACCGACACAACAGCAACAACUUCAACAGCAACAAAUCCAACUCCAACAACAACAACUCCAGCAAAUGCAACAGAAACAACUACUAAUACAACAGCAACAAAUAAAACAUCACCAACAGCAACAAAUAAAACAGCUACCACAACCACAAUUACUACAGCAGCUGCAACAACAACAUCAACAGCCACAACAACAAUCGGCACAGCAGCAACCUCAACAACAGCUACUGCAACAACAACUUACGUCUCAACAGCAACAACAACUAACAUCUCAGCAGCUACAGCAACAACAACAACUAACGUCUCAGCAGCAGCAGAAUCAACAACAACUAACGGCUCAGCAGCAGCAGAAUCAACAACAACUAACGUCUCAGCAGCAACAACUUCCACAACAACAAACAACACAGCAACUACCGCCACAGCAGCAGCAGCAACAACAACAACAGACAGUACAGCAACCACAACCACAAGUGACACAACAACAAUUACCGUCACAGCAGCAACAACAAACAGUACAGCAGCCACAACAACAAAUGUCUCAGCAACAACAAUCACCAUCACAGCAGCAGCAACAAACGCCACAACAACAGCAAUCACCACAACAAUCACAACAACCACAACUUACCAUUAAAAGCUUGAUAAAUGCAGACAAUGCGGCUCUGUUAACAAAAGCACGUUUGCGUGAACUAGUCAAAGAAGUAGAUCCAAAUGAACAGCUAGAGGAGGACGUAGAAGAUCUUAUGUUGCAAUUAUCCGACGAUUUUGUCAAUGAAUUAGUCAAGGCAGCAUGCGUAUUUGCUAAACAUAGAAAAUCAAAUAUCGUUGAAGUUAAAGACGUCCAAAUUUACUUAGAACGGUACUUAAAUAUGUGGAUACCUGGUUUUGGUACAGAUGAAUUGAAACCAUAUAAAAAAGCGCCAAUUACAGAAGCCCAUAAACAACGAACAGCACUUAUCAAAAAAGUUGCCAGUAAAAAAUACUAAAACAAAUGUUAAUUUGUUAUAUGUCACCAGCACUACUGUUCAGAAUUUCUUCAACAUUUAUUUUUGGUUGUUUAAAAUACCACUUAAGGACUAUUUAAUAUAAAAUUGGUUGAAUGUAAGACUUACUCUAAUAAUAAAACAAUAUUUUUUCAUUAUUAAAAA